AUGUUGGCAGCUUUCAGCCUUGAAGAGUCUGACUUGAAGUUGACUUUCGUUGCGUUGGAUGAGAGCGGAUGUGCCGUCUCACUCUCAGAUCAUUUGAUGGGUACCGAGUUGGAAAGUGAUCGACGAUCAGCUGAGACGAAGUUUCCACUGAGCUGUUUGGAGCCACAUGAAGAGAUCAAGAUCCAUAAAAGUUGUGCCACCCGAGAAGAAGACCAAGAGGCACUGUUGCAGCUGAUCAUUUGCAAGGGUGAAAGGCCGCCAUCUUUGCCUCGAAGUCCAAAACAGUGCCAAGCCUACGAGGAGGCAAACACACUCUUACGAAUGAAGAUUGAAGCUGCCGCAAUGCGAGUUGCAGUUCUUGUGGAGGAUCGCAAGACUCAGGACUUGCUUUUAGGGCGGGCCAAUGAUGAGCUCCGAGCAGCACUGAAAAAGUCCCGGGAAGAUAUUGAAAUGCCAGGCUUUGGAAUUCCUGACAGGAAUGUUCCAGAGCCACGUGGGAAGCCACCAGAAGUUUCACUUUCACAAGUCUCAGAGCUUCAGGCGACUGAGCUCUCAGAGUUUUGGACUGGUUCUGAUUGCAAGAGCUCCAAGCAAUUGGGAGCGGGCUUGGAAUAUUUGAUGAACGAAUUUCCUGUGCAGGCCAGGCGCGCCGCCCGAGAAGACAACCCAACCUUUCAUCAGCUAAGUGAGCCCUUGGCUAAAGGGGAAACAGGCUUAGGAUACAACCGGACUUGCCCACGGGAUGGAAGGCUUCAUUGCAGCAUUGUUGAUGCAUUGAGUGCAAGGGAUGCAAAAAGAGCUUCUCUUUUCUUGUCUUGGUGCUGGGGCUACCGGCUGCAGAUGUAUUUGGACACUUGGAAAGAAUGGCGGCAGCGUAAUCCAGACAGUGAGGCUUUUGUGUGGCAAUGUUUCUUUUGCAACAACCAGUACCGGCUUGAAGAAGCCAAGCAAGCCAAGAAUGGUGGGAAAGUGGCCGAUGAAAGCUUGGGAGACAUUUUUCAGGGUCGCUUGUUGGAGAUAGGACAGAUGGUGGUCAUGCUCGACAACUUUGACCAGCCCAAGUACUUGGAACGCAUUUGGUGUGUUUACGACGCUGGGCAAUUCUUGAUGAGUCGUGAUGCUCGCAUAAGAUGUUCCAAGCUUUGCAAGCCAAGAGUGCCCCGCAUGUUCACUAAGGAGAUGUACACUGCCGCCCUGCACCCUGGCAAGGUGAAGGUAGAGAUUAUAUUGCCACCUGACCAAGCCGCCCGUAUCAAGAGGAAGCUCAAAGGGCGUGAGUGGGAAGAGAUAAAGAGCAAGCUGAAAGAGGCAAGUCUUGCAGAGCUGCAACUGCGAGUUGGCUUCAAAAAGGUGAAUGAGAAAGUGCGCAAGACGAUGAUGGACUGGAUUGGUCAGCAGAUGACAUCCAUCUUGGGUGAAGACUGCGAAGACGAAGUCGAAGCUUUUGAGGUCGAGCGUGAGCGUGCUGAGAAGUCCAAGAGGUUGGGUGUGCGUUUGAGAUAUUUGUUGAAGGUCUUUCCUGGGCAAGCACAGCACGUGUCCAACCAAGAAAACCCAACGUUUCAUGAACUAGGUAACUCCUUGGCUUGUGGUCCCUCUGGGUUGGGGUACAAUCGAUACUGCCCACGUGAUGGAAAGCUUCAUUGCAGCAUUGUGGAUGCCUUGUCUUUGGACGAUGCGCAGAAGGCUUCUCAUUAUCUGUCUUGGUGCUGGGACUACUGUUUGCAAAUGUACCUGGAUAGCUGGGCUCAAUGGCAACUGCAGAACCCUGAUGAUGAGGCUUUUGUGUGGCAAGACUUCUUUUGUAACAACCAGUACAGGCUUCUGGAAGCCUUCCACCUUCAACAUCAAGAAGCAGACCGCUUGCUUCAGGACCGCUUGUUGGGCAUAGGACAGAUGGUGGUGAAUGUGGUAAAUGCGAAGGCUUCAAAGCCUGAGGACGAAGAGAUGGUAAAGGCCCAUAUACGGGAAGAUGGUGGCUUCGACAAGGUGAAUGGCAAAGUUCGGAGCACCUUGAUGGAUUGGAUUCAGCAACAGCUGCUAUCUUUCCUUGACGAGCAACCAGAAGCCACUGAUUUCCUGCGGACUGCCGGGCUCAGCGUGGAUAGACUUGAAGCACAAGGAAUUCAAACUUUGGAAGCUGUGGGAGACAGAUUGCUUCAAGCGAAACUACACAAAUGGGGUUUAGCUCCACACCUCUUUGAAGGCCGUUCCGAAGAAGAGGUCCGACGUGACAGAAGAAUAGAGGAGAGCUUGCCCACCCAGGAAGACAAGAAGAAGUUCCGCCACUUGCGGCAGGAGAUUCUUGCAGGCGAAGCAGUCGUUGAGGAACUGGUGGCACUUGAGAUGUUAGUGAGUCGUGGUUCUGAUUGGUGUUAUGAUGCUGACAGUGAUGAUGACUUAACGCCGGAAGACGGAGGGCCCCAAGGUGUGGGUCGUGUUGUAGCAUGGCAUUCCAGAUCCGGAGAGAAGGUCGGAGCGAUCCAGAUCCCGCGUUCCGGCUGGGUCAAAGUACAGUGGCAAGUCACAGGGUACACACGCAGUUAUCGUAUGGGAACAUCGGAGUAUGCGUUGGCGGAGUUGGUGUUUGCUGCAAUCCCAGACCAAGAAGAAAAGACUCUUAAAGAAGUUCCUAAAGGGGAGAUUCAGCUACAUCACUUGCGGUGUAGCUUCGGCUACAAGUGUGGCACCCGAUGGGCCCAUUAUGCGCUUUUUGACAACCGCCCAGAGGCAUGUGAAAAGGUGGCUGCACUAAAGCCAGGCGAUGUUGUGGAGGAUAGAGAUGGGGACAGAUCCGUAUGCAUCGGCUUGAAGUACAAUGCGGACAAGAAAAAGGUAGACCUGUGGUUUCACUGCGAGGGCAGAGAUGGCGCAGGCCUCUUUACACAUGCAGAUCACAAUGUAUCUUUGCGAAGAGUUUCGCACAAGCGCGUGCAAGAGGCCAAUCGAAAAGAAGUGGAAGGUGCUUCAGAUGGGGAGAUCGAUCAUGAUGAGCGCGAGUGGGUGGGUCAGAAUCUGAAACCGACCCUUCGCUACCUAUCCAAGUCAGGUCAGGUCCUUCACUUUGACGUUCGAGAUGAAAUGGUUCGGAAGUUCAAGAUGCCCUACAAGUCUGGGGAUGUCCUGGUUGACAAGGCAGAUGGGGAGAAGAUGACCUGCAUCGGGGUUGCCAGUGAUCCUAUGAGGAAGCUUGCCACGCAGCAUGGGCGCCGAAGAGGGCGUCGAGUGACUGGCAGUGUGGCAGAGCUCUGGUUUCAUGUGGAAACCUCCGACGGGGCUGGUCUCAGUCCCAAAAUGCAUAAGGCCUUGAGCCGUUUCAGGGUUUUGCGCAAUGAGCCAGUGGUUGAAAUGCUUGGUGCAGCCUCUUCACGCGAUUCAUGGGAUGCAGAAACAGCGGUGGGCUUGCUUCAAAGCCUACAGGGCAGUUUGCAGUGUGAUUAUUGCUUUCCGAGAGGGGCUGGUGAGCAUUCGACUCCCGACUGGUUUGAUGUGCGGGAAGAUUUGGUUGAGAAUGUCGUUGGCUUCAAACCUGGGACCGUCUUGAAUAUCAGAGGCACUCCACCUGGGACUCGCUUAACCCUGAUCGGUUUCAGGACAGAUCCCGACAACGGUGAAGUUGGAGUUUGGUGGCAUCAUGAAGAGUCUUGUCCGCAGGUGGCGGCCUCCACCGAACAUCACCCAACCGCCUUUCUUUUUUGA